UUUUUCAUUCAGCCUCUCUUGACACUGGGCUCUGCAUUCAUUUGUCAGUAGCUAACGUUACCUGUCUGUAACACUGUGCAAAUUGGCUGCCAUCCAGUUCCACAACAACCAAAUGAACCAAACAUCGGAGGAGCACAGCUGAUAAAACCCUGCGCACAGAGAUGGCAGACGAUGAAAUCGACUACAACAUCGUGUUUCCAGAUGCAGUGACAUCGGAGAGACACUGGCAGGGGACAAAGGAGCCAGUGGUCAUCCUGCUGGGCUGGGCUGGCUGCAGAGACAAACACCUCUCCAAGUACAGCUCCAUCUACAACGAACAGGGUUGUGUCACCAUCCGCUACACGGCCCCCUUGAAGACAGUCUUCAUAUCGGAGUCCUUUGGCUACAAGGAGCUGAGCAGCACAGCCCACAAGCUGCUGGAGAUCCUCUAUGACUAUGAGGUGGAGAACAGCCCUAUAUUCUUCCACGUAUUCAGUAACGGUGGCUUCAUGCUGUACCGUUACAUUGUUGAGCUGUUGCAUAGCGACAAACAAUUUAGCUCCCUGCAUGUGGUUGGGGCAGUAGUGGACAGCGCUCCGGGUAGUGGGAAUGUCCGUGGGGCCCUGCGUGCGCUGAGGGCCACCCUGGGCCCCAAAAUCAACCCUGUUUUGAGGUACAUCCUCCUAGUGCUGUUCGCAGUGACUGUUUUCCUGCUGCGAGUGCUGCUGUACCCUGUGACCAAGUACAUCCACAAGAACCACUAUGAUGCCCUGCGGGAGAAGCCCCCUGCGUGGCCCCAGCUCUACCUGUACUCCAGAGCCGACCAGGUGAUCAGGCACUCGGACAUCGAGCUCAUGGUGGAGACGCUGAAGCAGAAAGGGGUCCCCGUGGACAGUUUUGACUUUGUUUCCACUCCCCAUGUCAGUCAUUUCCAGGAAUUCCCUGAGCAGUAUGCCCUGAAGUGCCGUGAUUUCCUGGUUGCCUGCAUGAAGGAUGCGGACGGGGCAGAGAUAAAAAAGAGACACCAGGUUCAGAAUCACUGAAACAUGGAGAUGUAAGGUGAUAACAUGAGCUUUUGCUAUGAGGAAUAUGAUGAAACCCUGUUUUUUUCCCUUCUGAAGUCUAAAAGAAUGCACUAAGAAGUGAGGCAGAAAAUUUGGCCAUAAUGCUUAACUUUAUGCUGAAUUAUUAACAGACCUUGGCAGUGUUUGUCCAACUCAGAGCACAUAAUGGGCUAGGUUCCAUAGACAUGGCCCAGGUGUAGAUUCAGAAUCUUAUUUCAAAUAAUGUUUCCACUGAAAAGGCUUAGUCCAUGUCUGUAAAAACCAGCCAUGAUACACUGUAACUUAUAUUCCCAAAAAACAUGUGGCACAAAGCUCUAACCUACCAUACUCCGAUAUAUUUGCAACACUACUGUCAUGUACCACAUGUAGAAACAAUACAAACAACUGCCAUACACUGGAAAAUGGGGACUUUAAAAAAAAAAUUCAGAUAAUAUAAAUGGAGCUAAUACGGUAUUACCUAUUGCUGUGAAAUGUGAUGGACUGUAGACUAGCUGUAGUGAUUCUGAAACUGACAGGGCUAUAGUAUUGAAAAACGAUCUAACAAUUUUUAUGGUUAAAAUCUUAGAAUGAGAUCUCAAGGGUGCUAAUAGGGAAUGGACUGAUUUGACUAAACAAUGCAACUUUUGUGAAAACUAAACUAGCAACAAAAGUGCUUUCUUUGCACAUGGAAAGCCUUUGGGGAAAAAAUAAGUUGCCUUACAAAUGGUAGUGUAUUGAAUUUGAAGCUUUGGCCAAAAAAUUGAUUCCCAGCCCUAGUAAAUGAUACAGAAUUGAUUCAUUUCAAGGAAAUGUGAUUGACGAUGAAUGUAUAUGUCCAGCACAACUAGUGUGUCCUUUCUAACUAAUGUGCCUUCAAUAAAUGAGAAUGACCAUA